AUGGCAUCGUUUCGACUGCAAGGAUUCCAAUCCGCUCUUCGGGGUAAGUCACAUCUGCUGCGCAACCAGCAACGUCGCUGGGCCCAGGUUCACGAUGUGCGCUUCCUGGCCUCCCACCAUGAUCCCAAGCACGUCUUGAACAAAUACAAGGACAAGCUGGUCGAGAAAGCCAAACAAGAGGGCCAUGAGUCCAUCGACUGCCUGAAAGAUGCCUACAGUGAGAAGAUCCAGGACCUUCGCCGCAAAGCAGCCACCCCGGCUACGCCAGAGCCAGGUGCCUCGACACCCAACUCCACUGUCCCAGGCACCCCUCCUGCCUUCCACCAUCCCCCUCCUCCAAACCAAGCGGCCACCGAAAAGGCCGCCCGCGAAGUCUCCGGCAGCGGGAGCCCCAUCAAACCGCUCAGCAGCUACGUCGAUGUCGAGAAGAUCCGUGCCCUGCCCGCGAAGGAGAUCGAGUCGCUCUGGCGCCUCCGAUUUGCCAACAGCUCGACCUCCAUCUGUGCCGCCAUCCCACUCGAGACAUACCAGCGCAUCGCCGAGGCCGCGCGCCACAACCCGCAGUUCAUUCUCCCGCUCCCCCGCCAAGCAGCCGAGGAGAACAUGCAGACCGUCGACGGCUCCCCGGCGCAAACUGCUGCGGACAUCCACUUCUUGCAGUGGGCGUUCCACCCGCCGGCAGAUGACUUCGUUCCUACCUCGUCCCAGCCAAUCAACAAUCACACCUCGACCGUGAUCUUCACUCACCUUGGCGCGUUCAAGCUGCACGGCUCGUUCGCGCAACCGCAUACGACUGUCACCCACCACUUGGACCUCGCUGAUGACAAGAAUCUCGUCCUCAUGCACGGUCAGGUCGUGCCCGACCGUGGCGUUUCCACCUCCGAGGCCACCUGGCUGGUUAGCUCGCUGCAGCGCUUCUACGACUUUGGCGGCCAGGCGAGUGGCCGCAAGGGCGAGUUGGUGCGCAUGUUCACCCGCGGCGAUGUGGAGAACUUCAAGGUGGAGGAGUUAAUGGAGGAGACCGAGAGAGUUCACUAG